CGGCGCUUGUCGGGGCAGUCUUGCAGCGAGAGCGGCCAGUUCAAAUUCCACGAAGUUGACUUCUGACGGCAGCGAGUGAGUGAGGAGACAGAGAGGAGGAAUGAAGCCAGAUGAAAAAGGACAGCUUGGGGUCAUGGCCAAUGAAGACAAGGACACUGGUGGCAUCCAUUUCCCUUUCCCCUUCACUCCCUACUCCAUCCAGAAAGACUUCAUGACGGAAAUGUACCACGUGCUGGAGGCGGGCAAGAUUGGAAUCUUUGAGAGUCCUACUGGCACUGGAAAAUCUUUGAGCCUUAUCUGUGGGGCCCUCUCAUGGCUCCGAGACUUUGAGCAGAAGAAAAGUCUGGAGGAGUCCCGUGUCCUUCAGAUGGGAACCGACCUCUUCCGUGACGAGAAGGACCAACCCCCACCUGUCUCCUGCCAAGACAGCCCCCCCGUCCCACGGCCAGCUGGAGAGCCCGACUGGGUCACUCAGUUUGUGCAGAAGAAAGAAGAAAGGGAUCUGGUAGACCGGCUCAAGGAGGAGCAGGCCCGGAGAAAGAAGCGAGGAGAGCGCCUGCAGCUGCUCCGCCACAGUGCUCAGCUGCAGCAUGCGGCCAGGCGCGCGAGGCAGGAAGAGGACGAAACGGAGCGUCUCCUGCAGCUCAGCAGGGAGCUGCUGGCCGGGGGCACAGGGCCUGGGCAAGAGCAGGCCGCGGGGGAGGAGGAGCUGGUCCUCGCCGAGUACGAGAGCGACGAGGAGCGAGGGGCAAGAGGAGGAGCGAGGGGAGUCGACGAGGAGGACGAUGACCUGGAGGAGGAGCAUGUCAUGAAGAUUUAUUACUGCAGUCGGACCCACUCGCAGCUGGCCCAGUUUGUGCAGGAGGUUCAGAAGAGCCCCUUUGGCAAGGACACCCGGCUGGUCUCCCUUGGCUCUCGGCAGAACCUUUGCGUCAAUGAGGACGUGAGAGCCCUGGGCUCGGGGCUGCUCAUCAAUGACCGCUGCCUGGAGAUGCAGAGACGCCCACCAGAGAAGCUGAGCCACGUGGAGGAAGAGAAGCCAAAGCGGCGGCGGCGGGAGCAGCAGGCCUCAUGCCCCUUCCACAGCCGGGAGCAACUGCAGCUCCUCCGGGACGAGGUCCUGGUGGCGGUGAGGGACAUUGAGCAGCUGGUGGCCCUGGGGAAGGAGGCCCACGCCUGUCCCUAUUACGGGAGCCGGUACGCCGUUCCCGCAGCCCAGCUGGUGGUGCUGCCCUACCAGAUGCUGCUGCACGCAGGCACCCGGCAGGCUGCGGGCGUCCGGCUGCAGGGCCAGGUGGUGAUCAUCGACGAGGCGCACAACCUCAUCGACACCAUCAGCAACAUCCACAGCGUCGAGGUCAGCGGUUGCCAGCUCUGCCAGGCCCACUCGCAGCUGCUGCAGUACCUGGACCGAUACCGGAAGCUUUUGAAGGCCAAGAACCUGAUGUACAUCAAGCAGAUCCUCUACUUGCUGGAGAAGUUUGUGGCCAUCUUGGGCGGGAAUGUUAACCAGAAUCCCAACAUGCAGAGCCUCGCACAGCCAGGCACUGAGCUGAAGACCAUCAACGACUUCCUCUUUCAGAGCCAAGUGGACAACAUCAAUCUCUUUAAGGUGCGGCGCUACUGUGAGAAGAGCAAGAUCAGCAGAAAGCUCUUUGGCUUCACAGAGAGGUUCGGAGCGGUCCUCACCCCUUCCAGGGAGCCACCCCGGCUUGCAGGCUUUCAGCAUUUCCUGCAGAGCCUGCAGCAGGGGAUGACAGCAGCGCCUGCUGCCUGCCUGGAGGAGGAGGCCGCACCGCCCCGGCCUGCUUCCCCCCUGAUGCACAUCGAAGGCUUCCUGGAAGCUCUCACCAGCGCCAACCAGGACGGCAGGAUCAUCAUCAGUCGCCAAGGCAACCUUGGUCAGAGCACUCUCAAAUUCCUGCUCCUGAACCCCGCCGUGCACUUUGCCCAGGUGGUGAAGGAAUGCCGGGCUGUGGUCAUCGCAGGGGGCACCAUGCAGCCGGUGUCCGACUUCCGGGAGCAGCUGCUGGCGUGUGCAGGGGUGGGACCAGAGCGCGUGGUGGAGUUCUCCUGUGGUCACGUGAUUCCUCCAGACAACAUCCUGCCCCUCGUCCUCUGCACGGGACCCACUGGCCAGCAGCUAGAGUUCACGUACCAGAGGAGAGAGCUGCCUCAGAUGAUGCUGGAGACAGGCCGCAUUCUCUGCAAUCUGUGCACCGUGGUCCCCGGAGGGCUGGUCUGUUUCUUCCCCUCCUAUGAGUACCAGCGCCAGGUCCAUGCCCACUGGCAGGAGAAUGGGCUGUUGGGUCGCCUGGCUGCCAGGAAGAAGAUAUUCCAGGAACCCAAGAGCGCGAGCCAGGUGGAGCAGGUGCUGACAGAGUACUCCCGGUGCAUCCAGAGCUGCAGCCGGGAGAGCGGCCAGGUGACCGGGGCGCUGCUGCUCGCCGUGGUCGGGGGCAAGAUGAGCGAAGGCAUCAACUUCUCCGACGACCUGGGCCGGUGUGUGGUCAUGGUGGGCAUGCCCUACCCCAACAUCAAGUCUCCGGAGCUACAGGAGAAGAUGGCUUACCUGGACCAGGCGCUUCCCAGGACCCCCGGGCAGCCCCCUCCUGGGAAGGCUUUGGUGGAGAAUCUCUGCAUGAAGGCUGUCAACCAGUCUGUAGGCAGAGCCAUCCGGCACCAGAAAGAUUUCGCCAGCAUCGUGCUCCUGGACCAGCGCUACGGCCGCCCCUCGGUGCUGGCAAAGCUGCCGGCCUGGAUCCGGGAGCGCGUGGAGGUCAUGGGCAGCUUUGGCCGUGCCCUCGCUUCCCUGCGGAAGUUCCACCGUGAGAAGGCUGGUCCCCCCGAGCCUCGGCGCACCGCCGCCUGAUUGUUGUGGGUCUGUUUCACGAGGGAAGCCCCAGGAGAGUCUCCGGUCUCCAGCCCGGUCCGCUCUGGAAUCGGGGGCAGCCGGGACCCCAGCUGAGAUGACAAAAAAGCUCGAGAGACAGUGUCCCGGCAUUUUCCCAUGGAAUGGGGUCCCUGCCCAUGUGGCAGGGCCCAGCGUCUCUCCACACUCGCCUCCUCAACCCGGCCUGCCUCCCCCCUUCUCCUUUUCUCACUAAAAAAGUUUCUCAAGACCUUGCACCCUCUCCUGGAAACCAGGGCCAGUCCCCACGUCCAGCCCCUGUGUCCUGUUUGGGAAUUUUCCCCCUCAAGCUACCUCUAAGCCCUGGGAGCUGUGGUGAAGCCUCGUCUCCCCCCGGCAGCCACCUGGGACCCCUCGGCAGCUCUCCUGGGUUCCUCUCCCGGCUGACUCAGCCUCCCCCAGCCACUCGAGCAGCCCCCAGACACCUCCCUGGGCACCGGCAGUUACACCAAGGCCCUUAGACAUGCAACGUGACCACUUUUACAAACCCCUUGUCUGUCACCUUGACAGUUCUCCUGUGUGAAAACUCUCCAUUGGCAGCAGCUGCCCCUGCUGACCCCUCCCGCUCCUCGCCCCGCCCCCAGAGGAAGAUGCCCAGAGGAGGCCAUGAGGCUGUGCUCUGCUCAGCCACGUCCCUCCAUUCAGUGCGCUGUGGGUUUCCCAGUCCUCGCAGCAUCGGUCAGCAUGGUAUCUGCGAGCAGGACCCGGGCCGAGCGCCCCUCCUGGGGCAGCAGGGACCGGGAGGCUGGGAGCUGUUCCUGCCGGGUUCCCUUAUGAGGUGUGAAGACUGUAGCCUGAACCCGGGAGGGGCUGAGCCCUGGGGUUUUCAGUCCUCCCUCUUCUGGGGGCUGCUGGGGGCGUGCAGAGGUGGGAUGGAGUCUGAUAUUUGACCCAAGGCGCCUGGUCCCUCGCUGGCCUCUUCCUGGAAAUACCUGGAAAGGAGAGGAGGAGGGGUGCGGGGAGCUGGUGGGUGGCAGUGCUCCCAGCCCCUUGAGGCUUAAAAACAGGAAGCAGGGGGCAGGGUGGGCCCACACCACCUUCAGCUGCCUCUGACCUUUGCACCUUGUGGGUGCAAUAAGGGACCAGCUUGUUGAAGAGAUCCAACACCAGGUCCCUGCCGUGGCUGGUGGCUCUCAUGCAGCAGGGACACUGGAAAGUGGGGGGUAGCACCAUGUACAAGACACCUUAACCAUGUCGCCCAGCUUCCCGUCGGUUCCGUUCCCCUUUCUCUGGUCACAGGCUCCUGCACUCCCCAGCUCCUGGAGCUUCAGCCUCCAGUCUGUCUGAAAGGUGACCAGUUGGUGACAGCAUGUGCCAAAAAUAGGAGUUACUCCCUGUCUGGACGCACAAGUAGCCCCAGAGGGUUUCGCCCCUUGGCCAGUCCUAGUGCUUGCCCUGCGUUCAGCUAAUCCGGUUUGAUCCCCAGAA